AUGACUGACGAGACGACGAGACGCGCGCGCGGCGAUAGGACGUUUGACGAGGCGACGGAGCUGGCGGUGAAGACUAUGCAGACGCGAUACGGAUUGCCGGCGAACGGGCAGUGGGGGGCGCUGGAAAGAAUGAUGUUUGAGGAGGUUGGGAUUCAUACCGAUACGCCGAGGUUGGAGGCGUUGGCGCCGGCGAAGAUGGGGACGCUGGCGGCGCGCGUGAGCGCGAGCGGCGGCGCGAGAGAGACGCUGGCGCCGACGCUCGGCGCGAGAGACGGGGUGAUGAGCACGUUCGGUUCCGCGGUCGCCGGCGCGGCGCUCGGUUUAUCCGCGGCGUUUGUGAUCGGUGCGGCGGAUAACGCGCGUCGAGGGGGAGGCGUGCACGAUUUCGUCGAAGACGCGCGAGUCAACUUGCUCGGGUUGGCGGGACUGUUUAAACCGUCGAAUUUCAAACGCCCGACGCGCGCGACCGCGGCGUACGAUGACGACGUGGGUGGCGAGCAAUACGAGGACAGACGUGAUACGCGACGAAACGAUGGUUGGGCGGACGAUGACUGGCGCGGAAACGAUCCCAGGCGCGGACCGGACGGCGGCAUGCCGCCGGGCGCGAGCGAGGAGUACUACGGAUACGACGCCCAGUACCACACCUCGCGCACUCGCCGCUUGAUGGCGGGCGCCGUAUCCGCGGUGGUGGAGAGCGAACGACCGAAGCAGCGUCAAGGAACGUCGCGGCGACCGGGUGGAGGCGGUGCCAGGGCGCAGCGCGCACUCGCGGGCAUGGAUUUACAGCGCAAGCAGCAAGAGUUGGUAAACUCUCCCGAGCUCGAAGUUGAAGUCGAAGUCGAAGUCGGGGCGUCUUCGCGACCGAUGGCGACGAUGAUGCAGCGCGUGCGACAAGGCUGGGAUGCGAGCUUAGAUGCGGUAGGCAACGUCAUUCCGGAUGCUAUCCCGCUCAUCGGCAACGGGAGCGAUUUCACCGCGCGAGCGCAACGCGAGCGCGACUUGAACGCUCGGCUCGCCGAGGCGCGUUACUACGCCGAGCUGGAACAGCAAAAGCGCCUUAAGGCUGAAAAGGCGUUCAAGCAAAGUCAUCAAAAGUGGCUCGAUGCGCAGGCGGCGACGCGCGAGGUGCGCGCCCAGGCAGCGGCCACGGCGGCAAAAUUGGGCGAACUCGAGGAGCGUCUGUUUAGCGAAGACAUCUUCGACGACCACCCGGUGAUGAACAAGGUGACGCAGUUGGAGAAUUUGCUCAAGCAAGAAGCCAGAGAAGACAAAACGGCGGAACAACUGAAGAGUGAGCUCACUCAACUCGAAAUGAACACCACGAGUCGCGUGAAGGAUCUCGAGGAACAGGUCGCCGAGUUGCAACUCGAGCUCGAGACGCGCCCGGAUUUACCGCGAGACAUCUCCGCUCGCUUGGAAGCUCUGGAAAGCGCGAUGACGAGCGGCACGUCUUACGAUGCGGAAUCGGCCACGGCGCGCGCAACUGGCUUGCAACAAAGCAUUUCAGACGUGGGGGAUGCGCUCGUGGAACUUCGCGACGGCAUGCGAGACGAGAUGUACAAGGUGCAGAGCGAGCUCAACAACAUCCAUCCGCUCAUGGAUCACGGCGCUGGAAGAAUUGAUAUUCUCUUCGCUAAACUUACCGCGUUGGAGCACUCUGUGGAUGCCAUCAGCGACGGUGCGGCUUCGCAAAUCGGACGCUUGUCUGCACAAAUCGAACGACUGGAGAAGGCCCUCGCGGCGAGCUCGGGCGUCGUCUUCGAACCGUUCCCUGAGAUCGAAGAUAUUGCCAUCGAAGAUCCGGCUCCGAUGGUGGAGGAAUUCGUCGAGAAAGAAGACGAAGUCACCACCGACAUGUUUGCCCCGGUCGAGGAAGAACUCGCGGUUGAGGAAGAC